GUGUGUGCAUAAUGUGAAAAAAGUAAAAAAGUUAAAUAUUUUCCCGUACAACAUAUAUGUACAUAGUACAUAGGUACAAUAAUUUUAUCACACAUUAACUUUCUUUUCAUAAAAUAUGGAAAACAUCUAUGUAAUUAAUUUCUAAUAUUUUAAAAUCUACCUAUUCGAAAUGAAGUGUAACGUGCGUGAACUUGCUCAUCUGAGUGAUCAGCCUUGCGUUAUUGAAGGAAGAUUAAACUAUAAAAAGAUUUCCAAUGCAGGCUAUCGUAACCAAGCGGUGUUUAAAGAAAGAUGGUUUCGCCUCAUUAAUAACUAUUUAUUUUAUUUUAAAAUAAGUGAAAUGGGCAAAUUUGACACAAAGCAUCCUGCAGGCAUCUUUGUCAUGGAAAACUCAUCCAUUCAGAUGGAACAUGGCCAGAAUAUACCAUUUUCUUUUUCUAUAUCCUUUAUUGAUGAACCUGAGAAGAGACACUUAUUUGCAGCUCGUGCAGAGGAUAACGUAGUGCAGUGGGUUGUGAAGUUAAGAGAAUGCUCCUAUGAAUAUUUGAGGAAUAGGCUUCAUACUCUGCAGUCAAAAAUCUUCUCUAUAACUGGAAAGGAUCCUUUAUUGCUGGUUCCAAGAAAUGAAGGAGCUUGUCUAUGGGCGCCAUCUGUGCCAUUCUCAACAGUUGCGGCCUGCUCUAUCAAUACUAGUUCGUUCAGCUGUCAUCUCCACACUAACGGGUUCACAUUGGAGCGUAGCAAAUCAGAUGUACAAGCUCAUCGUCACUUUCGCUCAGAGUCAAAGAAAGCGACAUUCUACACUGACGACAAAACUGCAAAGACUGAACAAAUUAUAUCCAGUAAUAGCUUUGCUCUAGAGAGAAGUAAGACAUCAGCUUUAUUUUCUAAUAGUUCUAAUCAUGUAGAUCCGUCGAUAUUUGAUAACCGUCCGGCAUUUUCCCGUGCAGCACCCAGUCCGCCCGUAAGGAAGAAAUUAUCGCCGGCGAGUGUUCGUUCAGACACGAGUAAUAUUGGUAAAAUGAUAACUGAACAAAGUCAAUUCUUGGGUACUACAGGUAUUUUAGAUGAAAUACCUGUACCUCCUAGGCGUAAAGUGUCGCCGAAAAAUCUGGAAGUACCCGGUACUGUAGAUGUAGACAGACAACCUCAAACCUCCAGUGAAGAUCUCAUCAAAUUUUAACUGCAUGUAAUUAGCAAUUGUUAAUCCCACCUUAUAUAAAAUUCUAUGUAGUUAUAUUGACGGGUCACUGUUGUCAUAGUAGGUAUUUAAUGAGGCUAUUCAAGUUCAGUAUUGAAAUGGACUGCAAUAGCCGCAAUGCAGGGCUUUAACAAAAUCAACCAUGACUGACUGAUACAAUUGAUCAGCUUAAUAAAGAGCUGAAAUAUGAAACUUUUUAUUUUGUAAAGUGAGCAUCAUCAGUCCAUCGCCGAUACCUGGAAAUCGCGACGGAAUUGCACGAGGUCCCUUUAAAUACAUAACAUUAUAAUCAAAAUUUUCAAAUUAAAACACUCAAAAUAUUUAAAGCUCAAUAGAUGUGGCUGGCAUAGGUCAAAUAUACUGAGAAGUUAAUACCCUCUUUUUCCCUUCAAAGGAAUGGUAGCAGGAAAGAAUUAUGGCGUUCAAAUGCUCUUAGGGAUUUACAAACAUUUUUAGUACGUAUUUGAUGUAUUGACGAAUAUUAUUGUAUAGAACGAUAGCAUAUAAUCUAUCGAGUACAAACAUAAUGCGAUCUGUCUCGACUUUGGUAAUAAUUUAUGUGUAUGGAAUUCCUAUUGUAUCUGUAAUCAUCGGAAAAAGAAACUUUGGCCAACUCUGCUGACGUAUACGUCCUUGGCGUAAGUGAUGUUGUACCUAUUCAAACAAAUUAAAAAAAAAAACAAUAUUCACAAAAUCCUGUCAUAAGUAGUGAAAAUCCUCGUAUACAAAAUGAGGCGUUGAAACAUUGAGAUGACAACUAUGUUAGUCAAACAUCUUGCCUAGGUACUCUAAUUUUAGUUAAUACAUACUUUAUAUUAUUAUAAAUGCGACAAUUUGUCUCUCCUGCUCAGUGUCAAUAUUGUUGAAAUUAGAAAUAAUACUAGUUAAUGACUCAAACAUAGGCUUCUGCGACGGAACUAUGAGCAACACCCGAAUUUUGAAAAUAUUAUUUACUGGCUGCGCCCCGGGGAUACGCUCCCGUUGGAAAUCUGUUCGGGAUAAAACACCCAUGUAGUUACCAAAUUUCAAAACAAUUGAUCCUGUAGAUUUUGCUUGAAACAGUAACAAACAUACAUACAUACAUACAUUCUCACAAACUUUCGCAUUUAUAAUAUUAGUAGGAUUAUCACAUCCGUUAUCAUAAUGAUGUAUCAAAUUGUAUGUAAAAUUUAAUGUAUAUAAUUUAGUAGACUUGUGUAAUUUUUAGAUUUUUAUAUUGUGAUAUUGUCUGUCUCGUUUCUAGACUCACAUAGAUUAAUGUACUUACUAAUAUGUAUGACUAAUAUACAUAUAUAUGUCUGACCUAAGAUCAAACAAAACAGUAUAUUUUUGUACCGAUUUUUGUAAUAAAAUUUUAAGAAACGGAAAAAGAUUUUUUGUAUGAAGCAGAUGGACAAUUAUUGGCAAAAUUGUUUUAGGUAUCUUAUUGCGAAUGCGCUAGCAAUGCAUUAUUUUUAUAUUUAAACAAAAAAAAAUUGCUUGUGUAGACAACGUCCUUACGAUUGUUCAUUGAAAGAAUAUUACAUAUUUAUGAACAUUUUAUUCUCAUUACUCUCUCUAUAAUGCUCUUUGAUUAUUGUAGGUUAUUUUACUAUAAACUUAAAAGCGUAUUUAUUAUUACCAUGAGAUUAUUGAAUGUAACGAAAGAUGUCACAUCAAAUGUAAUCUAGUCAUAAUUUGAUAUGAAUAUGAUGAUAAAUAAUAAUGAAGGAUUUUAGUAAAGUAUUUCGCCGUUAUAAUUAAUGAAUUAACUACACUAACCUUAAACACUAACAUUGAAUACAUAUUGAAUAUUAAAGUUUUCAUACAUGAACCACGUGUAAAAUGUGCAAAAUACAAAGUUUAGUGAAAUAAGAUUCUGCUUUAAAUAAACUUCGUUGUUAUAAUAA